UCCUCCUCCGAAGAGUAGCUACGUCACAUUUUGACGUCGUGUUGAUUUUGAGCGGAGAAGUAAUUUAUUUAUAAACUGACGCAAGGGCGCUAAAUCUAAAAUAAACCGUGAAUAAAAUGUGAAAAUACAUAAAUACUUUUGGUGAAGCAGCUGCACGUAUGAAAGGUUCGAGAAAUUUGACCUUAACACAAUAAACUUGCUACGUUAGCGUUAGAGAGCGUUAAAUAGAAAGUACAGAGGAAAAUGACUUGCUAGCACAGCCGGUCGGGCUACAUUUUAGCUAGCUAGCUAGCUAACCGUAGUAAGAGUGUUGUUUUUCUGGCGCCACCCUGCAAAUACUGUUUGUGGUAGUUUGUCGUCUUUUAUUAACCUUUCCGUUGUUACGUUGUGGACUCAUGGACUUAGAACUAUGUUCAACAGGGUUAUGAGAGAACGCUAGCAUUAGCUGGCUACCUGGAGGUUGCUCAAGAAACAAGCCACGGCCAGCGAUAACUCCGGCUAGCCGACAGUUUUAGCAUCCCUGUUUCCACUUUAGUUAACUUGAGUCUUUUGGGGGUGUUUUCGUGUCAUAUGUGUGGCAGAGGUUAACGUUACUCCAUAGAAUUAUGGCGCCUCGCGUACAGCUGGAGAAAGCGGCUUGGCGUUGGGUGGAAACUGUGAAACCAGAAGAAAUCAGGCAGGAGCAUAUUGAGCUAGCAUAUCGAAUCAACCUCCCGGCCUGCAAAAGAGGUGCCUGCAGGAGGAACUGCAAAGGGAAUCCCAACUGCCUGGUUGGUAUUGGUGAACAGGCAUGGCUUGGAGAAAUUGAUGAAAGUGCUUUUCACAGUAUCGAUGACCCAAAUUCAGAACGUCGAGAAAAGAACACAUUUGUUGGGUUGACCAACCUUGGUGCAACAUGUUACGUCAACACAUUUCUGCAAGUAUGGUUCCACAACUUGGAGCUGCGUAGGAGUCUCUAUCAGUGCCAAAAUUCAAGAGCAGAAGAACACGACACUGAGUCUGAUUACGAGCCCCAGUCCAUCUGUGAGCAUCUACAGUAUCUGUUCGCUCUCCUGCAGAAUAGCAACAGAAAGUACAUCGACCCCUCAGGGCUAGUGAAAGCACUUGGUCUGGACACAGGACAGCAACAGGAUGCCCAGGAGUUCUCGAAGCUUUUCCUGUCUCUACUGGAGGACACACUGUCCAAACAGAAGAACCCGAACCUGCGGAACGUCAUUCAGCAGCAGUUCUGUGGACAGUUCUCCUAUGUUACUGUGUGUAACCAGUGUGGACGAUCAUCUGCUCUUCCAUCCCGGUUUUACGAGCUAGAGCUGAACAUCCAGGGCCACAAGAACCUCACUGAGUGUGUCACCGAGUUCUUAAAGGAGGAGAAGCUGGAUGGGGAAAACCGCUACUUCUGUGAGACGUGUCAGAGUAAGCAGAAUGCCACCCGAAGGAUCAAGCUGCACAGCCUUCCUCCAACCCUCAACUUGCAGCUCAUGCGCUUUGUCUUUGAUAGACAAACAGGCCACAAGAAGAAGCUCAACUCUUUCAUCAGCUUUCCAGAGCAGUUGGACAUGGGGCCUUUCCUAGAAGAAAAGCAAGAUGAGAAAUGUGUCUACGAACUGAGCGCAGUGCUGAUUCAUCGGGGAAUCAGUGCCUACUCCGGCCACUACAUUGCCCACGUGAAAGAUGCUCGUACUGGCGACUGGUACAAAUUCAACGAUGAGGAAAUUGAAAAGAUGGAAGGCAAAAAGCUACAGCUUGGUAUUGAGGAAGACAUUGCUGAGACGGUAAAAUCCCAGACAAAAAAACCAAAGUGCAGUAAAGGCUAUCACUGCUCCAGAAAUGCAUACAUGCUGGUGUAUAAGGUCCAGCAGGAGGAAAACUCAGGUCCUUUCAGGACUAAUGUGGAGGUGCCAGCCUUUCUUCAGAGGUUGGUAGACCAAGACAACCACAAGUUUGAGGAAUGGUGCAGUGAGAUGACUGACAUGAGAAAACAGAGUGUGGAUAAGGGCAAGGCUAAGCAUGAAGAGGUGAAGGAGCUCUACAAGCUUUUACCCGCAAGAGACGGCGAGCCGUAUGAGUUUAUCCCCCUUGACUGGCUUAAGAAGUGGCUUGAUGACUCCACUGCCACUAAAGAAAUUGACAGCUCCCGCUUCUUGUGUUCUCAUGACAAACUUCACCCAGACAAAGUGGGAGACACCAGGAAGGUUUCCAUGCAAGCUGCACAACUCCUCUAUGAACGCUAUGGUGGAGGGCCAAGACUGAAUGAGUCGUCUUUGUGCAGAGAGUGUGUUAGCCAACGGUGCAGAGUGCUUCGGCUGAAGAACCAGCUCAGUGAAGAUUACAAGGAAAUCUCAAACCUGGUAAAGCGCACGUUCAGUGGUGCAGGCUUCUGGGUAGGCAAAGCCUCUCUGCGGAGCUGGAGGCAACUGGCUUUGGAACAGCUGGAGGAGGAUGAACAUGAAACCACACACAACAACAGCCAGACCAAUGGACAGGGACCACACACCAACAACAGUAAAGAGUUCAGCUCAGAGCUGUCAGAGUGCACUGAGGAUGAGAUGAAGACUUUUAAUGAAGAUAUCGUCUGCAGUCACGGUGGUCUGAGUAUUCUGGAAACUGAACGGAAGUUGGUGUCGCCUGAAGUUUGGACCAAGUUUCGGGAAUACUUCCCCAAAGCCCCAGAAUUUACCAAGGACCAAGAGCCCUGUCAGCAGUGCCUGACGAUGGAGCAGGAGGAAAAGGACAAUGAGGCAGUCAGUAAGAUGAUGGCCCUAGACCAGAAGAACCAACUGCUCAACCUCUUCCAUGAGAAAAAUCGACCAGCGCUCACCAAGUGGCCUCAGGGCACAGAUGUGCUUUAUAUAGUCCCUCUGUUUUUUGUGGAUGAGUGGAGAAAAUUCAUCAGGAGACCUACAAAAUCCUCCCCCGUGUCCAAUGUAAGCAACACGUUGCUGCUCUGUCCACACGGAGGCUUCAUGUUCACCUACGACUCGCUGAUUAACGGAGAGGCACAACAUGUAGCUCUGCUGUGGCCAAACGAAUGGGAUGUGAUCAGCAGACUCUUCAUCGUUGACCAGCCAAUCUCCAUCCACUGCUUGAAACGGACUACACCAAGUGGCUCCACCACCCAGUACACCACUCAGCCCGAUCUGUGUUGGGAAUGCAGAGAGAGCUUCCUUUUCCAGCAGCAGAGGGACCUCAGAGAGUAUACCCAAGCCACCAUCUAUAUACGCAAAGUUAUUGAAGACAAAAGAAUGAUGAAGGAGGCUGCACCAGAGCUGAGUGUCAGCAGCUCUGAAGCAGAGGAGGAGAAGGAAGAACAUCCCAAACUGGAUGGUGAGAAGGACCCCGACUUCAGCCAGUCACAGGACGGUGCAAAACGGCUAAAGUUGAGUGACAGCAGUGUGUCCACAGCUGCUGCUGGUGUUGUGACCAACGUGGCCAAACCAGGUGGAAUCAGGAGGAGCACCCGACACAGGAAACUCCGUGGAGAGAAAGCACUCAUCGUUUCAGCUAAUCAGACUCUGAAAGAGCUGAAAAUACAAAUCAUGCACGCCUUCUCUGUGGCUCCAUUUGACCAAAAUCUCUUCAUUGAUGGAAAAAGUCUGACAGAUGACUCAGCCACACUGGGUAGCCUGGGAAUCAUUCCAGAGAGCAUCAUCUGUCUGAAGGCUGAUGAGCCAAUAGCAGAUUACGCUGCAAUGGAUGAUGUCUAUCAAGUGAGAAUGCCUGAAGAGGGAUUUAAAGGCACCGGGCUGCUCGGGCACUGAGGACAGCUGUUGGUAGCUGUGCUUGAACUGGAACGAUGACGGAUGGAAACUUUAAAAAAGCUUGAAUAUGUGUGUCCAUAUAAAUAAGCUCUUUAAUUUGUUCUGUACUUUGUUUUUCUACAUUUUGAGUAGGCUUUCUUUGAUAAAACUGUGACUAUCUUGCAGAGUUUCUCUACAUGAGGUUGUCUGGCCUUUGGUAUGAACGUUUGUAAAGAAACCAGGCUGGAGACGCUGUACUCUGAGACCUGGCUUCAGUUCAGAUCUACUGUGGGUCAAGAAAAUGUUUUAUUUUUGAAUCUUUUAAAUUAUGACAGAAGACAAAUUGAAGAUGAUGCUCUUUUUUCUGUUAUGUGUAAGCUUAUCUUGUAACUGCAGAGUUUUCAGGUUUGUCAGAAGAAUGCACUAGUUACUGUUAAUUAUUGCAAAUAUACUGGCUCAUAAAUCUUAGAACAUGUAUUACCUCCACACAGUCAUGUUAUAUAUACAUAUAUAAAUAUAUAUAUAUAUGUAUAUAUAUAUAUAUAAGUAUAUGUGUGUGUUUGUACACACACUCGAUGUGGCGUUUGCAGUUACAUAGCUACAAAGUAUGGAAAUCAUACGCUGGAAAGAAUGAAAUGGUGAGAAACAAAUGUAAGCAGUGACACGUUGUCUUCUUUUCACUGUUAUUUCUUAUAAACAAUAAAGUUAUUUUCAAAGCA